UGCAUAUUAUAAGUAAUUUAUAAUAAUGUUAUUUUUCAAAAAUUUAACUGACGGUAGUACUACAUGAGAACAGUCGCGUACCUUUACUCGUAUAUGUGAUGUAAUGUGAUGUUGUAAUAGGUAUUGUAGUUAUGCGUUAAGCAUAAUGAAUAAUAAUUGUGAUAUAACUUAUAAAAAAAAUUUGGUGAUUACUGAGAUUUUGGAAUCCGAAGAAUCAUACGUAAAUCAUUUGAAAGAAAUAGUAGUGGAAUAUUUGGAGUAUUGGAAGCAUAAACAAAUAUUGUCAAAAGAACAUUGCAAUCAGUUAUUCGGAAAUAUCACGGAAAUUUAUGAAUUUUCAAGGAUAUUUUUAAACGAAUUAGGAUUGGCUAAUAAUAACGUACCACAAAUUGCUCACUGUUUUUUAGAUAACCAUCUUAGGUUUAUUAUUUACUCGACAUACUGUAUCAAUUUUCAAAAAGCUGAUGCCAUAAUAUCAGAAAUAACACAAAGUCGACUGUCAACCAACAUCAUACAUCAAAGGCAAAAUGAAUUAGGACAUCGUCUUCCCCUUGGAUCUUAUUUGGUAUUGCCAGUACAGCGUAUUUUAAGAUACCAUUUACUACUUAAGAAAUUAGCAGCAUAUACUUCAUAUAACGAAACUGAUCACUCUUUAGUCAUAAAAGCUCAUGAUAAAAUGGUCCUUUUAGCUAAAAUUAUUAAUGAAACGAAAAAUAAAUAUGAAAAAGAAGGCCGUAUUAAGGAUAUACGAUUAAUGAUUCAACAUUUGAAGGAUAAAACAAAUGUCGAUCUAUCUAACAAUUGUUUUGAAUUACAUGCUGAAGGCGAUUUAAUGAUCGCGGGAACGAAGAAGAAACUUCAUGUGAUUAUAUUGAACAAUAUGUUAUUGAUUGUCAAAGAACAAAAAUGUGGACUGUUGGAAUACAAAGCUCAUAUAUUGAGUCAGAAUAUCACUAUUAUUGAACAUGUGAAAGGAAAUCCAUUGAGUUUUCGUUUAGUAUCCAAUGCUGGACCUAAACAUUCGUUUACAUUGCAAGCGACCUUAGCGGAAGAAAAGAUGUUUUGGGUUAAAAUGUUAAACGAUAUUAAAAAGGACACUUCAGAGCUUUCAAGCAUUGGCUUUGCUGAAUUAAUGGCCAAAUAUUUCUACAUACCUAGAAGUAUUUAACUAAUUAGCUCUAGACAGCUAUUACCAAAAAUAGUUUUAAAUUAAUUAUCAAGCGAUAGGUAGGUACUUGUUAUAUUAAAGAAUGUUAAAUGUAUAGGUAGAACUUAGAAUUCAAAUAUAAAUAAAUAUAAACAAAAUUAAAUAAUUAUUAACGGAAGAAUUAAAGUAUUUAGAGCUUAUAAUUAUAAUUGUAUUGUUUAAUAUUAUAAUUUAUAAUUGUAUAUGUAAUCAGUAUAUGCCUGUUACAAUAUAAACAUAAAAAAAGGUUAUUUUUGUAUAUAUAAAUAUAUUUUAAAAGCUCUCUGUUAUUGUCCCUUUGACCCUUUGACGAACGAUUAUUCCUAAGCAAUAAAAAUUAACAUGUAGUUUGUAAAUGUGUAAAUUACGUUGUUAAUUAUUUAUACAGUUGAGUAUACUUUUACCAUAUAAUAAUAUAAUCAAUCACAGGAAUAAUGAUU